AUGACAGGUGGAUGUAAUCGUUGUUGUAGAAUUGAUGAAUCAGGCCUGUUGAAACAUGAACCAAUGAAUCUAACUGCUCUUCUGCUGCGAGUAUCGUCGUCGGAGUGGCGCCUUGUUGAACUCUCAGCGUCAAAUCGAGAUUGUCCUCGAAGUGACGCUUCUGUCCCCAACUUUUUCUCUCUUCUCCGUUGCGUCAUCCUUGUGGAACAACGCUCCUCCUCAAAGCCUUUUUAUUUGAAAUUGCUCUUGCAUAACGUUACGGUAUUCACUUUAGCUCGUAAAAGGUUUGAAAGAGGACCGCUGUUAGUGCGCUAUUGUUUCGAUGAGUGCACGCAACCAACAACGCUUCCACAUCGUUGCAAGCAAUUCUCUCGAACCAGUCAGUUAUCAGAGGAGACAUUGGUGAGAAAUAUUGAACUGAGAAUGGAAACAAGAAACCGCGAAAACAGGAUUUCACUCAAAUCUGCGAACAUUUUACGUGAAUCACUGCUAAAUAAAUCGGUACAAUUAAUGACGGUUCUUGAAUCCUAUCAUGGUCAAGCACCGUAUAAUUCACAGCGUUAUAGCGAAUUCGGAUUUGAUAAAUAUUAUCUUUUGGUACAAAUACCCAGAGAAAUCGAUGGGACAAGUGAUAUUGCUCGCAAAGUUGGCAAAUGAUUGAGUGAGAAGGAAGGAAAGAAUCGGAAUUUCGUGUUGUCGUUUGCAACUGGCAGUGAUAAAGCGUUUCCAGGAAAGAUGGAAAAAUUGACAUGA